GCGGAUUCAAUCCCCGGACCGGAGAAAAGUUCCUCUAAGGAGUUGACCUUACACUUACUUAGGAAGAGCGUGUUUCCUUAACACGGAGAUAAUAAAAUGUCCCUUUUUUUCUAUAUAAUUCCUCCCAUCACCGUCACACGGCUAUGAAUAUGGUGGAUAGAACAAGAAUUAGGCUAUGGUUGGGUGAAUAGCACUUGUCUACAUCACUCUCGAAAACUUCCCCUACCUCAGUUAAGGUCUCUCUCCAACUGCACCUGCACCUGCAACUGCACCUACCAGCCCGCCUGCUUCCCUCCCUCCACCAUGCCUCCGAUCGCAGGCCACAGCCUCCUCGUCAUCGGCGGGACAUCCGGGAUCGGGCUCGCGGUCGCCAAGCUUGCCGCAGCCGAGGGUCUCGAAGUAUCCAUCGCCUCGUCGAACCCCCAGCGAGUCGAGACCGCGGUGCGAGCGAUCCGGGCCGCCGUCCCCGGCGCUGCCCCCGCGCGCGUCAGGGGCUUCGUAUGCGACGUGAACCACGACGACGCGGAGUCGAGCCUCGAGCAGCUCCUGUCGGACGUGGUCGUCAGCGCGGACGGGCGCCCGCUCGACCACGUCGUGUACACGGCGGCGCGGGUCGCCGACCCGGCCGACCCGGACGUGGUGCGGCCCGUCGCCGACGUCAACGCCGCCUACCUGCGGCAGAGCAUGCAGUUCGGGUACGUGGUACCCCUGCUCCUCGCGAAGCUGAGCCCGCGCUACCUCAACCAGAGCUGCCGGUCCUCGCUCACCUUCACGAGCGGCCGCCUCGCCGAGCGCCCCCUGAAGGGCAUGUCGGCGGUGUCCGGGUGGGCCGCGUCGCUGUACGGCACCACGCGCGGCCUCGCGCUCGAUCUCGCGCCCGUGCGCGUCAACCUCGUCAGCCCCGGGCUGACCGACACGCAGACGGGCGAGGACUGGGCGAGGUGGGUGAAGGAGAUGGCCAAGACGUCUCUACUUGGAAAAGUUGGGACUCCUGAGGAGGUGGCGGAGGCGUACAUUUAUUUGAUGAAGGAUACUAACAGCACCGGUAGCUGUGUGAGCACGAACGGAGGCGUCUUGGUUCAGUAG